AUGAGCGCUGAUACAAUUCGUUUUAACAAAUUGACCAUUCCGGAUUGGUCUUCAUUUCAAAUUGCUAUCGUUAAAACUGAUCAACCAUCAAUUCAUCGAGCACUACUCAAGAUGGAACACUGGCAUCAAUUACCUAGUGAAUCAGUAAUGAAGUAUUAUUAUGAUAAACUUCAUUUAUGCGUACAAGCUGAUUCCAAUAUGAGUUCAUCUAUGAUCAUUCAUUAUUUAAUCAAAGGUUUAAAUGAUUCAUUACUACCCCAUGUUAUUUUUCGACAUCCGGCAACAGCAAAUGAUUUUCUUUAUAUUGCUCAAGAUGAAGAAACAAUUUUAUUGGCAUUAAAUUAUUUAUCUUAUGCUUUACCAAAUGCACGUAUUCGUUAUCCAAAUGAAGAUAUGCACAUGGAUCAUCAAGUGAACGUUGUUAAACGUCCAAUUAAUGUGAACCGUCGAUUCUUCAUUUGGCAACAUUAUUGA